AUGGCGGCGUAUUUGCAGGAGCUGAUGGGCCAGACGAUUUCGGUGAUCACGAACGAUGGCCGCAACAUUAUCGGAGUGCUCAAGGGCUUUGAUCAGUGUGUGAACGUGAUCUUAUACGAUAGUUUCGAGCGCGUGUUCUCGCUCAAGGAGCCAGUGGAGGCCGUCGAGCUCGGACUGUACAUUGUGCGCGGCGAUAACAUAUCGUUGAUCGGAGGGGUGCCAGACAGCAUUCGGGAAGAAGUGAUCGACGAUCAGACGCGCGCGGCGCCUUUGAAACCUCUGAUCCACUAA